AUGAUAAAGGCAUUUGAUACAUCUGGAUCCAAUGUAUUUUUCAAAAGAGAAUAUAAAUUGAUAAGAACAGGUGUGGAAGAUAUUGAUAGGUUUUUAAAUCAAACCCAACAGAAACAAAUAGCAGCGAAUGGUAAUAAUAAAGUUCAAGGUGUAAUUGAAAUAUUUGGGCAAAGUGGAUCAGGUAAAACUGAUAUGGCACUAAGUGUUUUGAUCGAGUCAAUAUUACCAUCUCAAGAACCUUUUAAAGGAAAUGAAAUUGGGGUUAUUUAUUUUGACAACGAUUAUAAAUUUGACAUUGCAAAAUUAGAGUCAUUAUUGAAAGAAAGAUAUGAAAGAUGUAAAAAUAAUGUAAAUAAUAAUAAUAAUAAUAAUAAUAAUAAUAAUAAUAAUAAUAAUAAUAAUAAUAAUAAUAGUAAUAUUAUCGAGUAUGAUCAAUUUUUAAAAUCAUGUCUUAGUAGAUUUUAUAUUUAUCGCUGUAGGGAUAGUUUUCAAUUUUUAAUUACUUUAAAAAGUAUCAGUCAAUUUAUAAGAAAUAUAAACUCAAAUAGCACUAAUAAUAGCGACAAUAAUAAUUUCCCAAAAGAUAUAAAUCUAAUAAUAAUCGAUAGUAUUUCAGCUUAUUAUUGGAUUGAUAGAAAAGGUGAGGGCCCAUAUCCAAAUUUAAUGUGGAUAGAGUUAAUAAAAAGAAUUAUAAAUGAUUUUUCAAUAAUAGUGUUGGCCACUAAACAAGCAAUUUUCCCUCAACAAUUACAAAAAAAUGAUGCAACAAACCCGCCACAGCAAGCAACAUCUGAUAUAUUGGGUAACGAGUGGUCAAGAUUAGUUAAAUAUAGAAAAAUUUUAAAGCCAAUAAAAUAA